AUGGGCGCUACCACAGAAUGGUUGAUCCUCCCCCUCUCCCUUGCCGCCAAAUGUGGUGCCUCUCAGUCCUCGCUCAGUUUCCUUGCCCUCCUGGUCUCUUUCUCUUCGCUUGCGGCCGUGCUUCUAUACUGGUUAACCCCGGGCGGCCCCGCCUGGGGAAGGUAUUGGUGGACGAAAGGAGGCCACCGUAAGCUGAUUCCCGGCCCGCGAGGUUACCCCAUAGUGGGCAGCAUGGGGCUCAUGCGCACACUCGCCCACCGCCAGCUCGCCGCAGCCGCCGAGCGCUUCGGCGCCCGACGGCUCAUGGCUUUCAGCCUCGGCGAGACAAGGGUCAUCGUCACAGGUGACCCAUACAUGGCGAAGGAGAUCCUCAACAGCUCCAUAUUCGCCGACCGCCCUAUCAAGGAGUCCGCUUACGGGCUCAUGUUCCACCAGGCCAUCGGCUUCGCCCCUUAUGGCGUGUACUGGCGCAUGCUCCGCCGGAUUUCCUCCACGCACCUAUUUUGUCCGAAGCAAAUCGGCAUGGCGGCGCCGAAGCGGGCGAGCAUUGCGGCCCAAAUGGCGGCCUCAUUUAGGAGGAGUGGAGGAGGAAACUCGGUCGUCAGAGUUCGGGAUGUCCUUAAGUGCGCCUCCCUCAACAACAUCAUGUGGUCUGUCUUCGGGCGUAACUACGACUUUACUACAGCGGCGGAGGAGGUGAAGGAACUGAGGUUCUUGGUAGAGGAAGGCUAUGAUUUACUUGGGAAGCUCAACUACUCCGACCACUUGCCGCUCCUUGCCUUCCUCGACCUUCAGGGAAUACGCCGUCGCUGCUCUAACCUUAUGCCACGAGUUAAUCGCUUCGUUGGCCGUAUCAUCAAGGAGCACCGUGCAAAUACGGCGCGUCCGAUUGCUUCCGACUUCGUCGACGUCCUACUCUCCCUGCAAGGCGGAGGCGACGGCUUGUCCGAUUCCGAUAUGGUUGCCGUCCUCUGGGUAAGCAAGGAAUCAAAUCACACACUCCCCCCCUCCUAUUGUACCACUUCUUCGCCGUAUCGGUCCUCGGCGGAGCCGCCAGCCAAUUCGAGCAACCAUCCCAAUCGUCAUAAUGAUCUUCGUCGCUGAUCAUUCUAACCACGGUUUGUGCGCAGGAGAUGAUAUUUCGAGGGGUGGACACGGUCUCAGUGCUGAUAGAGUGGGUUCUGGCCCGGAUUGUGCUGCACGAGGACGUCCAGUGGAAAGUCCACGCUGAGUUGGAUCGGGUUGUGGGCCAGUCCAGGCCGGUCCAGGAGUCCGACGUCGCGUUGUUGCCCUUCCUCAACGCCGUCAUAACGGAGGUCCUCAGGCUACACCCCCCGGGCCCGCUCCUCUCUUGGGCUCGUCUGGCCACGUCAGAUGUGGUGCUCGACGGGCGGCUGGUCCCGGAGGGGACCACCGCAAUUGUCAACAUGUGGGCCGUCACCCACGACUCGCACGUGUGGCCUGAGCCCGAAGAGUUUCGGCCAGAGAGGUUCCUGGCGGAGGGGACCGCCGGCGGCUUCGAGUUCUCGUCGCUUUUCGGCUCGGAUCUAAGGCUAGCACCGUUCGGGUCUGGUCGGAGGAGCUGCCCCGGUAAGGCUCUGGCUAUGGCCACCGUCAGCUACUGGGUGGCGGUGCUGCUGCAUGAGUUCGAGUGGCUCCCGCCGUCGCCUAAGAAGAGCAGUGUUGACCUAUCGGAGGUUCUAAGACUGUCCUGCGAGAUGGCGGUUCCACUCACCGUAAGGCUGCGCUGCCGAAGAGAAUGA